AAAGCACAGUGACUAGAAUGAAAAAACAAAACACUAACAGAACAAACCCUUGAAAUCUGAAUCAAACAUCAAACACUUGGAGACCACUUCAUCAAUGGACGACACCAACGUUAAAGAUCACUACUCACUCACCGGAAUCUUGAACUUAACGGUGUCGGAACCCUACUACCUCUUCAAUUUCCUCGCCUUUUUCGCCUACAUUCCCGUUCGCUUCUCCGCUUCCUCUGUUCUUGCUCCCCAUUUUACCUCUCAUCUUCUUCACCGUGAAAUUCAAGCGUUUCUGGCGUUUUGCAUUUUUGCUGCUGUAAAGAUGGUGAAAGAGGAGACGUGGGAAGCUUUCAUUGCGGAUACUUUGUUUUAUGCAGAGGUAUUCCUUGUUGCCAUUGCUUUGGUUCUGGAUUAUCAUCUUGCUCUCUGGUACAUGUUGGCAUUUUUAGUUAUAUAUAUAUUCACACAACAACCUCCUUACCUGAGUUUAGGUACUUCAAAUCAGUUAACACCUCUGCAAUUGGAAACUAUACUCACUGAAGGGCGUACAUCGAAGUUUGGGCUGGUUGAAUUUCGUGCUUUAUCCUCAUCGAAUUGCGUACGUACAAGUCGUAUUUUUCCUGAGCUUUCCAUCACAUUCUCAAACAAAAAUCUAUCAUUUGGGACAGUCGAUAUUGGCCUGUUUCCAAAUGUUGCACCAAAAUUUGGAAUCUCUCUUGGAAACAGUAAACAGCUUCCCACAUAUAUAUUGUUUGAGAAUGCGGAAGAGGUUGCACGCUUUCCCGAGUAUAACUUGGAAGCAAAAGCCUCCAUUCCUGUUGUAACAAAGAAACUUAUUUGCCGGCACUUUGAGCUUGACAAACGACUUCUUGAUUAUGUGAAUGGUAAAUAGAUUGCAAACUCACAGAUGGGUCGGCUGGUUCAAAAGCUCUACGAAAUUCUAGCAUGAGAUGCAUACGAUUGUAAAGCAGUGGUAUGUGAUCUAGCAAUCUAUAGUUACACACGGGUAAUAACAUAGGUUCAAAGCAAAGGGGAGGAGGGUGCUGCAACUUCCAAUUUUCAUUCUUGAUGUUCAGUGCAAUUUUGUUUUCUGUUUUUUUUUUCCCCCCUUUCUUUUUUGUUAUAGGAAAAGUAAUGCUGAGGACAAAGUAGGGAGUGGGGACUGUAUAUUGAGUUAUUGACACUGAUAUCAGUAUACUAUGUUGUAUCCUACGUAUGUAUCUUGGUAUUGCUGAUGUUGUGGGCGGUUCUGAA